CUAGCGCUUUUGUUUAGUUUGAAUCAGUUUCAAAAAUCUUUUCUUCACGCAUGGUGUGUCCCUUAAGAAUUUCAAUGAAAAAUUUGGCAAUUAUUUGGAGAUGGACCUGGUUCGUUCAGUGUUCUCUUAUAUUGACAGUGACCCUGGGGUCCCUGAUUCACGUGCACAACGCCGAUUUUGCCGCUGGCAUAGAACAAAAAGAUAAUUUGCUUGAAGUCAAAGCCCAGCAGAUGAAAAGCUAUCUCAAUGAAUCGGUAGAGCCUUGCGAUAAUUUCUACGAAUAUGUCUGUGGCAACUACAACAGCUUCAGUGGCAAUUAUUCAUCCUUGGCAAUGCCCAAUUUAAGGGAGUUGAGUACCAUCUACAAUACCCUGCUUAUAGAGGAGCUGAAAACAGAGGAUGCCAAACAUGAUAACGAUGUGGAUCGCAUGGUUAAGACAUUUUACAAGUCUUGUGUCAACUUGAAUGCCACCUACAGUCAGUGUAAUAGAACACGAAGUGAAAUUUUGGAAAAAUAUGGAAAGUUUCCCAUGCAACUGGAGGAGGGAGAAUGGCCGGAAGACCAGUAUGAAUGGUCGCAACAUGUGGCCGAAAUAUUCUACAACACUGGUGUGAGACUGAUUUUGGGUGUGGGUCCCAUGCAUGACUUCACCAAUAAUUCCCGCACCAUUGUGGGAAUCUAUGAGCCUGAAUUCGCAGACUCCUAUAUUGGUGUGUAUGACCAAGAGGCAUAUGCGGCAUAUCGCGAUGAAUGGGAGCAUGGUAUUAGCCUGUAUUUACAAAGUCUUUUGCAUCUUAAGGAUGGCUCAAAGGUCUUGGCCGAAGUCAAGGAUAUGAUGAGUUUCGAAAUAGCCCUGGGCAAGGGCAAGGUAAACAAAACUUUGGGUAUGCAAAAUAGUGAUAUAUUUAAUUUGACCUCCGUCAAGGAGCUACAACGGAAAUAUUCUCCCCAAUUCGAUGUGAGAAAGUUUUUGAAAGUCGCCUUGGAUUAUGUGCCCCAGCAGGUGUAUGUUAAUCACAAAUACCUGGAGCAUGCCUUAGAAACCCUACGAAAUACUCCCAAAAGGGUGGUGGCCAACUAUGUGCUAUUCUCGUAUUUCUCCACACUGGAAAUGCAUUUGGUCUCUAAGCAGGAGGAUUUUGAGUCCAUAUGCCUGCCCAAGACCCAUGAUAAGUUGUAUAAACAAUUGGACAAUCUGUUCUAUCGCAAGUUCAUAACCCAGGACAUGAUUAAGGACAUGGAGUUUCUUUGGCAUCAACUAAGAGCUGCCUUUAAAGAGGAUUUUCUCUCGGAUCGCCUUAGCUGGCUGGAGGAUGACACACGCUUGGCAGCCCUGGAAAAAUUGCAGGCCAUGAAAUUCGAAAUUCUCAGCCACGAGUCUGAUACAUUGACUCAAGACUAUCAAUACCUGAAGCUAAGCCCCAACAAUUUCAUGGAGAAUAUUUUGGCUUUGCAAGCCUGGACAGCUAAUCUUACAAGGGCCUACAUACAUCGCACCCAUCUGCCAGAUGAUGAUGAUGGCAAUGCUGUCUCCUAUGUGCCCUCAUACUCACCCAAAGAGAAUGUGGUAAAGGUUCCGGUGUCCGUGCUUUAUCAGCAUCACAAAUAUGCCCCUGCCUACCCGAAGGCUGUGAAUUUUGGCACUCUAGGCUCCUUUAUAGGUCAUGAAAUGGUGCAUGGCUUCGAUGAUGCCGGUCGCAAAUUUGAUGCCCUGGGUAACAUACGCAACUGGUGGAGGCCCAAGUGUCUGGAAGAGUUUGAAAACAGAACCAAAUGCUUCAUGCAGCAGUAUCACAAUUUCACUUUGGACGAUGGUGUACAUCAUUUGCCCGCCAUUAAACUGCAAGCGGAAAAUAUUGCCGAUAAUGGUGGGGUGAGGGCCGCCUUCACGGCCUAUAUGAAAUGGUAUGAGCAGGAGUUGAGUUCAAAUGCCCAGCUGGUGGAAAGCGAGCAAUUGCCUGGUCUCAAUUUCACCCAUGCUCAAUUAUUCUUUGUAAGCUAUGGCCAGAUAUGGUGUACGGAUUAUGUGCCACCUUAUGAAUUUCUCACGCAAUCCUUGCACGCCCCUGCCAAGUUUAGAGUUCUUGGCUCAUUAUCGAAUUUUGAGGAAUUUGCCAAGGCAUUCCAGUGUCCAGUAGGCAGUGCCAUGAAUCCCGUUGAUAAAUGUCAGAUUUAUUAAUUUUUAUUGUUACCACACUUUUUAAUAAUGAGAAAUAAAUUUUUAGUAUUUUAUUUAUAAGAAA